AGAAUAUGCAUAUUCUUGCUUCAGGUCCUGAGCUACAGGCAGUUAGAUUUGGGUAUGUCAUUUUAGGUGAAAAUUGACAAAAAGGGGGCGGAUCCUUAAGUUUGGUCGAAAACUCUGUGCUAUGCCAAACAGUAAACUACUUGUAACUACGAAUGGAGCAUUGAAUAGCAUCGAAUAGCCCGUUACAGUUUGUUAGCUAGCCUACAGAUCCUUUACAGUUAAAAGUUAAAUACACCUUUGUCGCACUAAGCCAAUAGUGAUGGGAAUUUCCGUUAUAUACUGUCAGAUGAGCUAUCUGGUAGUUGGAUCAAAUGCUACACAGUAGCAGGCCAACUGUACGUGUGCGUGACAACAUUAUUUCGCAGCACCAAUACACCCGCCAUUAUGACGCAAUUAUUGAGUGAUCAUGUUAUCGCUAGUAGCCUUCAUUACUGCUCUCAGCGCAUUGGACAAUUAUUGGAGUCCAUCAAUAAUGCAUUGGACGAGCGCGUUCAUUACAUUUAGUCAGUAAAUAAAUAUUUGAACGAGUUUACUCUUGUGAUUUGGAAUUUCGUGCGUCUACGCUUGUGUUCAUAAGCAGCAAGAUGCCUUAUCCACAUAGAGUGGUGAAUAUUCCCACGGGAUUCAAGGAUUUGCUUGAGGGAGUGAGCAAGGCUGUGGUGAAGUAUCAACCGGAGAGUAUCCCCGCCUUCGCAGCGGGCUUCUUCAAUGCGCUUCUUAUCUUCAGAGACGGUAGGCAAUGCUGUGCCUGAAUCCCCUGUAGUAGACUACACUAGACUGAUGCAUGUUAAUAGUUCUAGACACCUUUUGUUAAUUGACCUAAUCACGUUGCAUUGUGUUUCACAGAGAAGCCAGGCAUGCCUAUCCAUGAGCUUAUUAAAGAAUUCAGGGCUACAAAAGGCUCUCAUUUCUACAGGAAGAAGAAUAAAGCUGUACAACCACAAGUACAGCCGCAGGUCACUGUCCAAGGUCCUGAAAGGUCCCCCCAUCCCAAGCCAAUCCCGGAGUGGGAGGCAGGCCCAUUGCUAAUGGAAGCUAGAUGUGAGGAUGUCAGGGAGCCUUUCUCCUUCAUCUCUAGUGACCAGCCCUGCAGCAGCCGAGACAUCCAGGCUAUGGAUGCAGUGGCAGGAGCUUCUACUGACGGUGGCCAGAACGAGUGUGGCCUGCAGGUCUCUGCCACCACCAUCACACUAUCCCCAGGGCCCAUCCCAGCAGACAUUGCCCAGGGCCUGGCCCUGUACCGGCGCAAGAUUGACCUAGAGUCGUCCCCCCGGGACUCUCCUCCACUCGGGGCUUCCGCCAACAACUCCUGUGCGCGUGUCCGUUCGGCCCUCUUCGAGCGGGUCUCCUUCAGCGAGAUCAGCCAGGAGUUGGAUGCGGUGCUGAUCCGCACUGGCGUGCUCCCAUCAGAGUCCCUGAUCAUCGUGCAGACAGAGCAUGUACCCAAGAUGAUUGUGUUCCAGGCUCAUCCCCUAUUGGUUGAGAACGCAGCAGUGGUUCCACCUCCGUGUGACGUCCCUGUCAGGUAUAAGUGCAGCUGUGCCUCAAUGGUGGGCGCCCUCGAAGACGUGGUGGCACCAUUGGAGAUGGCCGGUGCAUCUCAGCCUAGCUAUCCCAUCUGUGAGAGAGCAGGUCCCGUGGUGGCGAGACCAGCUGCUAUGGUCGCUGAGCCUGAGGAGUCUCCAGCCCUUGGAGACAAGGUUGUACCCCUUGAGGUCCACUCUGCACCAGUCAAACCCCAGGAGAUGACACCCUCAAGGCACUCCAUCCCAGUUGGAACACUGGAGCUCCCUGUUUCAGCCCCUGCUGUGUCUGACUCCCCUGCUGUGUCUGACUCCCCUGCUGUGUCUGACUCCCCUGCUGUGUCUGACUCCCCUGCUGUGUCUGACUCCCCUGCUGUGUCUGACUCCCCUGCUGUGUCUGACUCCCCUGCUGUGUCUGACUCCCCUGCUAUGUCUGACUCCCCUGCUAUGGCUGUCCAAGAGGCGCAGAUUAGUUUGACCGAUCGUCCUCUCUCAGUCAUCCUACACUCCCUCUCUGGUGCAACUUCACCAUCCGAGACAGCAGAGGAUGUGAUGCUGGUUCCUAUGGUAGUGUCCCCUCCUGAAUCAGUCAAAAGGGUGGUGAGAGAGUCCUCUGAUCUUCUGUGUCCUCUUCCUGCAGCGACAUUGGAGACUGAGUCUGUUAGUGGGAUUUGUCCCCCUCCUUCUCCAGUGACUGUGGAGAUCCAGUCUUCCAUUCUGGCUUCUCCCCUUACUGCUGCAACCGUGGAGACAGAAUCCUCCAAUCAAAUUUGUCCUUCUUCUGUGGUCAGCGUGGAGACUGAAUUGGCCGAUAUGCUAUCUCCUUCUGCUGCAGAGACAGUGGAGGCCGAAUCUUCUGUUUUGACCUGCCCCCAUACUGCAGUGACCCUCGACUUUGUGGCCCCUGUUUCUGUGUACCUUCCUGUUGUGGCACCAGAAGAGACCGGUGUCCCCAGUGUGAAGCUCCCAGCUCCCGUGCCUGCCUUGACAGAGGAAACUCAGUGCCAGUCUGCUUCACCAUGCCUACCCACCCUCACGGCCGCAGGAGAGUCCAGAACCCCCUUCUUGGUCUACCUCCCACUGCCUGCUCCAGAGCUGGCUAAGACCCCUGGUCUGUUGUGCCAACUCGGCCUGGGACCAGAGGAAGCCAAGAGCUUCCCUUUCCUGUGUCUCCCUAUUUCUGACAUCCCCAGGACCCCAAGUCUUGUGACUGCCAGCCUGGCUCCAGCUCAGACUGCGGCUGUGGCUCCUGCUGCUGCUCCGGAUUUACCAAGGACCAACCUCCCUGGAGUGACAGAUAUCCCCAGGACCCUGAGUUAUGUGGCGGCUGGAGCUCAGGAGCUACCACGGCUCCAGAGCUAUGCGGCUAACACCGCUGAAGUCCAGGAUCCACCGAGGACCCCCAGCUAUCUGGCUAACACCCCUGGAGUUCAGGAAAUACCACACAACCCCAGCUAUCUGAAAAACUCAGCUGUCUUCCAAGAUAUGUGCUAUAUGUGCCCCUCUGUUACCGCCUCCAAUCUGUCCAGGAACAAUAGCUUUGUGCACUCUCCGGCUGCCAUGGCUCCACAGCAGCUGAUUAGGGGCCCGUGUAUGAUGUCUCUGUACCCCCAGGGAGGGCCUGUGAUGGGCCACUGUACCCACUCCCCAGGACAGUGUCCUGCGUCUCUGCAGCAGCAGGCUGACAUGGCUCCGCUCACCCACGGACAGCAGACCAACACCAACUUCAUGCCCAUUUGUUCUCAAGGGCCAAGCCUGUGUAGCUGCCUCGGCAGAACUGGCAGCCACUGGCGCCUCUGUCACCUGACGCGACCCGAGUCCCAGGGCAGGGUGGGCGGCAUGAUCUGCCCCUACCAGAACUCCCAGACCAUGAUGCACUGCAACAGCCUGGAUCACAUGGCCAACAUCCCCAUGUACCAGGACUGUGGCCACUACUCUAGCAGCUGCCACCUGCUGCCACCGUGCUCCCAGUCGUCCCACGGCAGCCUGCACACGCACCACGUGGCCGAGCCCCGUUGCUCUGCUCACAACCUGGGCACCUCCUUCGUCCAGCCCCAGAACUGCUCCUCCGACCCUCUCUUCCACUACCCCCAGCAGUACCACCUGGUGGCCACCCCCUCCCAGGAGAGGCAGCAGGCCCUGUGCCCUCUCCAGUGCCCACUGCUGCAGCAGCGCCACAGCUCCCUGCUCUUCUGUGGGCACCAGGGGGAGCUGAGCAGGCUGGGCUCCUCCAGCUGUGUCCCUGCCACCAACCAGAGACAGAACCAGGGAGGGGUGGAGCAGAAGAACAACAACCCCAGCUGCGUAUCGCUUCAUAACAAAAGAUUAGACACGAGCGCAAACAACAAUCAAGGCUGCGUCAUGAACUGCAAUCCCCAGGGCAACUAAUCCCGUCUUCACAUGAGAAGGACCUUAUUUUUGCAGUUGCCAAUGUCUCUUUUGCAUUCUUUUAAACUGAUAAUGAGGAAUAAAUAUACUUACAUUGCAUGAA